CAGAUCAGGACAUCAUGGCACGGCUCCGGAGGAGGGCGUGCGUCGCGCUCUUUCUUUUCACCCUCUUCAUCUUCGGGACUCUGAUGGGACUGAGGACCCUGAAACCCAGCGACGGCUUCUCGGAUCUGGCUCCGGGCUUGGACCUGCUUCCGAUCCUAGGAGGGAAGGCGGACCGCCGCUCGGUGUCCGAGCCCCCGGUCCAACUCCAAGCCCGCGCGCCUGGCAGCAACACCAAAGCGUCCAUGUCAGUCUCCGGUCCGGACGGGACGGUGUUUUACGACGUGCACAUCUUUUACUACACCUGGUUCGGCAGCCCGCACAUGGACGGGAAGUACAUCCACUGGGACCACAUCCUGGUCCCGCACUGGGACCCCAAGGUCGCGUCCAGCUACCCGAGGGGGAGGCACGCGCCCCCCGAGGACAUCGGCUCCAGUUUCUACCCCGAACUGAACCCGUACAGCUCCCGGGACCCGGACGUGUUGGAGUCCCACAUGGAGCAGAUCGGAUCCUCCGCAGCAGGGGUUCUGGUUCUGUCCUGGUACCCUCCCGGCCUGGCUGAUGACAAUGGGGAACCCGCUGAGGAUCUGGUACCAGCUGUGCUGGAUGCUGCAUACAGACACAACCUGAAGGUUGCAUUUCACAUCCAGCCUUACAGAGGAAGAAAUGACCAGACCGUCCACGACAACAUCAAGUACAUCAUUGACAGGUACGGCGACCACGGGGCCUUCUACAGAUUCACUUCCAGCACAGGAAAGAGUCUUCCCAUGUUCUACAUCUAUGACUCCUACCUGACCCCACCCGAGUCCUGGUCUGAAUUUUUAACUCCCACCGGAUCCCACAGCGUGCGUGGUUCUGCUUACGACUCGGUCUUCAUCGCUCUGAUCGUGGAGGAGCGUCACAAGCACGACAUCCUCGCAGGUGGCUUUGACGGCAUGUACACCUAUUUCGCCUCCAACGGCUUCUCCUUCGGCUCGUCUCACCAGAACUGGAAGGCCAUCAAGGCUUUUUGUGACGGGAACAACCUUCUUUUCAUCCCCAGCGUCGGACCAGGUUACAUCGACACCAGCAUCCGGCCGUGGAACAACCACAACACCCGCAACCGGGUGAAUGGCAGGUACUACGAGACGGCCCUGCAGGCGGCCCUUAACGUGCGGCCGGAGAUGAUCACCAUAACGUCUUUUAACGAGUGGCACGAAGGGACGCAGAUAGAGAGGGCCAUGCCCAAAAAAACAGCAACUCGUGUUUAUUUAGACUAUCAGCCACAUGGACCCGAUCACUACCUGGACCUGACCCGCCACUGGGCUGAACAGUUCAACAAAGACAAGGAGCAGUGGCUCAUGUGAGGCUUAAGGAAACUGCAUGCACUGAUGUCAUAAACUAUAUAUAAAAAAAAAAGACUGAUCUGGUCGUGAGUGCAGAAAGAUGUUGCGUUCCGUCGCUCACCUGCAGGAAUGAAAGAACAAAAUGUUUGAGGUUUUGGGUGAAGCAGCACAAAGAUCUGUCAGAAUUUACUCUGAAAUGCUCCGUAGACCGUCUGAGCUCUGCUUACAGCACACGGUGUCAGCCAGUCUGACCUCGUGUCUCUACUGUGAAAAUCAAUCCAGUCACUCAAAGUCUUUGUUUUCCCUUCUGUUAACCAGAUAUUGAAUCCAAAAUGUUUUUUUCUUUAAAUAGUUAAG